AUGGCCAAGAGAAAGACGGCGGCUUCCACGCCCAAAUCGGCCGCGGCCAGAACCACCGCCCUGGUCUUCCAAGAAGGCUCUGCCGACUUUCUCGCCGAAACUCCCGCUACUGUGGGCGAAAUCACUCCCACUGGCAGAAACAACUUGGAGGAGAUUCCCGAGGACACCAAGUUACCGUUCAAGAUGCUCUACCAGCUUCAGGAUUUUCUCAAUGAUCACAUGACGUUGUCGAAGGGUGUGCAAGUGUUGGUUUGUUUGUAUAUAUGUCAAAUCUUCUAUCUUCACUUCACAAGGAACAAUCUCGACGAAGUGAUGUACUCCACGUUGUUUAAUAUUUUGGGUGGUGUGUUGGCCAUGUUUUUGUCGCACCGUUCUCAGAAGAAAAAGCAUGAGUUGCAGCCCGAGAAGUACUUGUAUCCAAAGUUGCCUGAGUUUAACACUGUGUUCAGCUUCUUCGUCCCUAUUCUGUUGAUUGUGUUGAUGGCAGACCACAAGGAUUCGUUUUUCCAGGCAAAUUUGGCAUUGAGCAAUUUCGCCAUCAAGUCUCUCCAUCCUAUUGCCAAAGUGGUGUCGUCUUUUGUCUUCUACUAUAUGUACAACGACGAUGCUACCUUGGAGCUCUUCCAAUUCAUGAAGGUGAUCUGGGUGUACUACUCGGUCGAUUUCUCUCUUGGAGCCUGGAAUGAGGCUCAUAAGCUCGAUAAGGAUGGAAACGUCGUAGUCACCACCACCUUGAGCAACACCGAAAUCCACUUUAUCGCAAUGGUCUGUGUCAACUUCCUUGUUCACUUGGAAACGCUUCCUCUUACAGCAGGUACCACUUCUCUUUACAUCUUCCGUAUCUUGAUCCUUUCCCUCAUUAUGUCUUGUGCUCUCGCAUAUCCCCUCUACGAGUUGUACAAGUGGCUUGGCUCCGGAAUUCUUCCCUCCCUCCUCUCCUACUUGAUCAUUGUUGCCUUCUGUGGUGGAUUCUAUUACGCAACUAACUAUCAAUUCAAUUUGUUCAUUGAGAAGAAAGAGGUACUCCAUUGGUUGUAUGAAUACGUCACUUCGUCUCCCACUAGAACCAAACUUCUCACAACUUGGGUAGCUACCUUUGCAGGUGCUAUUCCUGUUAUGUUCCUUUUAGCUAAGGCCAACAUUCUCUCUUUGAAUGUAAGAAGAAAGGUUUGGCACUUCUUAUUGGUAGCCACCUUGACGUACCCAAUCGUGGAGGACCCAGAGUUUACAACCCUCGCAGUAUUGGGCUCAGUGAUUGUCUUUGUGGUCUUUGAGUUUCUCAGAUGCACUCAACUUACUGUAUUUGGUAAAAUCCUUCAUUCUCAACUUAAGGUCUUCCAGGACGAAAAGGAUAUCUCUGGUCCUUUGAAUGUGUCUUACAUUUAUCUUUUGGUAGGAGCAGGUAUUCCACUUGCAUACGGAGCUGCUGUUAACGAUCCUGUUUCGAUCAGAUCGUAUAUUGGCCUCGCCACUUUAGGUUUGGGAGACUCUGCCGCCUCAAUUAUUGGUAAGAAGUUUGGAAACAUCAAAUGGAAGGGCGAAGUGAAAACUUUUGAGGGUACUCUCGCAUACAUUGUGGCCACAUUUGCCUACUUUUUCGCUGUUGACAAGUACGUUUUACCGGAGGCUAGUCGUGUCAGCAACUGGGAGAACAUCUUCAUCGUCUCCGUCAUUGCAGGUGUCGUUGAAGGCACUGCCUCCAUGAACGACAACAUUUUGGUGCCAGCCAUUUCAGUCAUUGCCUACGAAGCUCUCACAAGAGUAUUCCCAGGACAUUAG